UUCACAAUCGCCGAUUACAGUUCUCAAAUUGCAUUUUCGAUUCUCUAAGCUCUUAGUUUUCCCGCGCUUCUUCUUCUUCACCAGCAUUCUCCGAUCGAUUCGAUGGGACCUCCUAAAUCCGAUAGCGCCGAAGGAAUCGUGCUCAACUUCGUGAACGAGCAAAAUAGGCCAUUGAAUUCCCAAAAUGCGGCCGAUUCAUUGCAAAAGUUCAACCUAAAAAAGACUGCAGUACAAAAGGCUUUGGAUUCACUUGCUGAUAGUGGGCGCAUAUCGUUCAAAGAGUAUGGUAAACAGAAAAUAUACAUUGCUAAACAAGAUCAAUUUGACAUUCCAAGUUCUGAAGAGCUUAAUCAGAUGAAGGGAGAAAAUGCCAAGCUACAAGAAAAGCUUGAUGAACAAAAGAAAGCAUUAAGUGAAAUUGAAGGAGAGAUCAAAGCUUUGCAGUCAAAUUUAACUCUGGAACAGAUAACUGAAAGAGAAAUCAAAUUGAGAAAGGAGGUUACAGACAUGGAAGAAAAGCUAAGUAAGCUUCGAGGAGGAGUCACUUUGGUCAGCCAAGAGGAGCGUAAUUCCGUGGAGAAAAUGUACACAGAUAUGAUAAAUCAGUGGAGAAAACGUAAAAGAAUUUUCAAAGAAUUGUGGGAUGCAAUAACUGAAAACUCUACAAAUGAUCUUAAGAAAUUCAAGGAGGAGCUAUGUAUUGAAUAUGAUGAAGAUGUGGGUGUGAGUUUGCAGACAUAUUGCGAUCUUAUGCAGAACCGAAGGAAGCGAGCCAGGGGUCAGUGAGCUAGCCUUCACUUUGUAAGUCUUCCUAAAUUCCAACUUUAGUUGUUUCCAAAUGUUUUAACACAUAUGUUUAGAAUGUUUUUUUUAAGAUAUAUAGAGGUUUAAAUAGUUAUUAUAUGGAUAGAUUGGAGUAACAAUAUAUAUGGAUAAGACUUCUAAUGGAUAAGUGAAUUGAUGAACAAUGAAGUGAUAUGUUUAAAUGCAAAAAGUAUGGCUAAGCAAUGGACUUAUUCUAGUUAUUAUA